AUGCCCAAUUUUGGAGAGAUCCCUCCGAGGAGGAGGAGGAGCAGUGUUAGUAUUAUAUCGAUCCACCCUGACUUCUUCCUUCUGACGUCUCAGUUCAUAUCUAUCUAUCUAUCUAUCUAUCUAUCUAUCUAUCUCAUUCUGUCCAUAUCUAUCUAUCCCAGUUCAUUAUCUAUCUAUCUAUCUAUCUAUCUAUCUAUCUAUCUAUCUAUCUAUCUCAUUGUGUUCAUAUGUAUCUAUCUCACCCUGUCCAUUGCGCACCGACACCAAAUCGAUCCAUUCCAUCGUUCACAACCGUAUUUUUUUUUAGUGAGAUUCGGGGUAGUCGGCCCCUCUCAACUAACUCUGGCUCAAGCCCCGACCUUUCUUCGUCCUUUUUUUGGAGUUGGGAAAGUUGAUAUCUCAUCCUCUUCUUCACACUCACUCAGCUCUUCCUCCUUUUCGGGAGGUUUCGAGUCAGAACUCCGGAAUUCAUCACUGACGUUCUUUGCUUUUCUUAAAGCUCCACGACGACAUUGGAACGGAGCAACGUCAUCGCAAAGCCCUUUAAGCAACGACGCCGACACAAACUACGAACGAACGCCGCUGGCCGCUACCGUCGGACGUCGCGCUUGUACCUGGACCACAAUGCUUUGUUCGCCGGUGAAAGGUUCUACUGACUGUGGACUUAUUUCCAUCUCUUCUUCUUACUCAGAGCCCUCAUCUGUUUCCAUUUCUUCUGGCCCCACAAGGGUUACUCUCCUUCUUUUUGCUUUUUUGCUCCGUGGUCCUGUCACUUUCCAGCCAUUGAUCUCGGCUAGUUUCAGGUCAUUAGCAUGA